AUGUCAUCUGAACAACAAAUAAUAAUUAAAAAAGGGUGUAUAGAUAAAUACAUUGAUGAUCAUUCAAAUCAUGGUAAUCAUAUUAAAGAUAAAGAUAUAAUACUUCAAAUCAUUGAUCUAGUAACAGAUGAUCAAAGAAAUCAAUCAUUUUUAAUAUUAUCAGAUACAGAUAAACAGUUUAAAGCAACUAUUCAUUGUGUGGUAUCUACGCAACUAUCUAGAUAUUCUAUUAUAAAGAUUAAUGAUUUCAUUGUUGUUGGUGGUGGUGGUGGUGUUGGUAACCCUAACGAUCAUAGAAUAGAUAUUUAUGGAUUAGAAUGUAUAGGUCAUACUGAUACUGCUACUGCUAGUGUUCCAAUUGAAAAGUUUAAACUUGAAAAGGAAAAGGGAUAUGAUAGAACAGCUUACCAACUAUAUCACAAAAAAGAUAUUGUCACUGAAUUUAGUUUUGGUGUUGCACAUGUUGACGAUACGAUCAAUGCACAUUAUGCAAAGAUACAACAACAAGGAAAACAAAUACUACCUCUUUACAAGACUGGUGGAGCAAUUGAAUUGUAUGGGUCAUCAGGUACUGGUAAAUCAUACUGUUGUCUACUAAUGGUAGCUAAAUCAAUACUACCAAAACAAUGGAAACAAUUGGAUUUAGGUGGUAAUCAAAUGGGUGUCAUCUACUUUGAUAAUGACUUUAAAUUAGAUCUUUUACAAUUAAAAAGAAUAUUGUAUAUAAUGUAUAUUUCAAAAAAAAAUCAACAAACAAAUAAUAAUAAUAAUAAUAAUAUAGAAAAUAAUGAAAUUGGAAUGGAUAAAGAUGAAGAAUUUAAAGAAUUAUUUCAACAAUGUUUCAAGAGAUUGUUUAUUAUUAAACCAAGAGAUAGUGUUCAGUUGCGUAUUACUUUGCGUCAACUCCCAACACUUUUAGAGUCGGCUGCAAAGACUGUCGAUAUUCAUAUGGUUGUGAUUGAUUCGAUAUCGGCCUAUUAUUGGUUAGACAGAGAUGAAAGCUUGCAACAUACAACUUCAUGGGCCGAACCAUUGAGCAAUCUCAUUGAUCAAUACAAAACCAUUAUCGUCGGAGUUAAACAAGCAAUCUUUAAACGAGACAUGGAUUUUUCUGGAAAUAGAAACAAAUGGUUACCAUUGGUAAAACAUCGUUUCUUUUUCUCUCCUCAUUCCUUUUCUGAUCAAUCAUCAAAUAAUAAUAAUAAUAAUAAUAAUAAUAAUAAUAAUCAUCAAAAUAACAAUAAUAAUAAUUAUCAUUUUACUUUAUUUACACCAAAUAUUAAAUAA